GUUUUCUGUUUAUGAUGAGCUCCGUGCUGAUGUCAGCCUGCGUUCUCCUGCUGGUAUGGAAGGAUUAAAGCUGUCCCCCUGAGCUCUGGAGGAUUCCCCGUCCCAGCCUCACCGGCCCCGGGCAGCUGCGUCAGCGCUCCGCCCCGACACACUUCCCCCCGUUCUCGUAUUUUAAUUUAAUUUAAUUUUUUUGUGUUUGUUUUAUUUACUUUUAUUAUUAUUAUUAUUUUAUCAUUCUUGGAGCUUCUUAGCGUUCACUGAUGGUUCGAGGUGAAUCCCGCCCCCUCUGACCCACAGAAGACCCAGAUCCUGCGCUUCCCGGUCUCGGCUAUGGGGGGACACAAGAGUAAACCCAAGGUCCACAUUGGGCUUGGAGGAGCGCCUGACAGUCACCACCCUGCUCAGCAGUCCCAGACACCCAACCAAAGCCCCACUCUGGACACUGACCUCAGCAGCAGUCAGUCAGUGGUCACCAGUCCUGAACUAUCCCUGUUCGGCGGCAUUGACAAUAAUGUUUUUGCAAACAGUCUAGGAGAGAGCGUGAUGACAUUUGUGGCCAUAUAUGACUACAACCCUCGAACACUCUCCGACCUGGCUUUAAAGAAGGGCGAACAGUUCCACGUGUUGAACAAUGUGAGGAGGGUGAGCUGCAGGGAGGGGGAUUGGUGGCUGGCGCGCUCCCUGACCACCGGAGAAAGCGGUUACAUCCCCUGCAAUUAUGUGGCUCCAGUCGACUCCAUCCAGGCAGAAGAUUGGUACUUCAGCAAGAUCUCACGCCGUCUGUCUGAAAGGCUGCUGCUGGAUGUGAGGAACAAGAGGGGGACUUUUCUGGUGAGAGACAGCGAGUCCACCAAAGGUGCCUACUGUCUGUCUCUGUUGGACCACGACAGCACCAGAGGGCUGAACGUCAAACACUACAAGAUCAGGAACCUGGACAACGGAGGCUUCUACAUCACAUCUCGCACGCCGUUUGACACCCUGCAGCAGCUGGUGGCCCACUACCGUAGACAGGCCGACGGACUGUGUCAUGUUCUAACAGACAUCUGUCCGAUACCGGACCCUCAGACCAAAGGCUUGGCCAAGGACGCCUGGGAGAUCUCCAGAGAUUCUCUAGAGCUCAACGUCAAGCUUGGGCAGGGCUACUUUGGAGAGGUUUGGAUGGGAAUGUGGAACGGCACGACGCCGGUGGCCAUCAAGACGCUGAAGCCCGGCACCAUGUCCCCCGAAGCCUUCCUACAGGAAGCUCAGGUCAUGAAGAAACUCAGACAUGAAAAACUGGUCAUGCUGUACGCUGUGGUGUCUGAGGAGCCUAUCUACAUUGUCACAGAGUACAUGAGCCAAGGCAGCUUGCUGGAUUUUGUGAAAGCACCACAUGGUAAGAUGCUCCGCCUCCCUCAGCUGGUGGACAUGGCCUCACAGAUUGCUUCAGGCAUGGCUUAUGUGGAAAAGAUGAACUUUGUACACAGAGACCUUCGAGCAGCCAACGUUCUUGUGGGAGACAAUCUGAUCUGCAAAGUUGCUGAUUUUGGUCUGGCUCGCCUUAUUGAGGACAACGAAUACACAGCCAGGCAAGGCGCCAAGUUUCCCAUCAAGUGGACAGCUCCUGAAGCUGCACUCUUUGGCUGCUUCACCAUAAAAUCUGACGUGUGGUCGUUUGGUGUCCUGCUGACCGAAGUGGUCACUAAAGGCAGAGUGCCAUACCCAGGUAUGGUGAACCGGGAGGUGAUGGACCAGGUGGAGCGAGGUUACAGGAUGCCGUGUCCUGCAGAUUGUCCCGAAUCACUCCAUGAUCUGAUGCUGACCUGCUGGAGGAAGGACCCUGAAGAGAGGCCCACCUUUGAAUACCUGCAGUGCUUUUUGGAGGAUUACUUCACCUGUGUAGAGCCUCAGUACCAGCCUGGAGAAAUCCUGUGACCAGGCACAUUGUGAAAAAACUAAACAAACUUUUGUUUUCCGAUUUUGUUUUGUGAUAUAUUUACCUUUCUGGGUGAAACCAGCACCAGAGAGGUGAGUCACAGCCAGGCUGGGCAUUCUUAAAUGACUUCUACCUGACACAUCUUCUAUUUUAACAUCUCCAGCUGUAGUAAGCAGGAGACCCUUACGAAUACCAGAGGAGCCUCGGCCCUUCGUGGGAAGCAUUGUCCUGCUGAUAAACACUGAUAUCUAUUUUCACUCAGUUUUCUUUGGGAUCCAGUUUAUCGGUGAUUUUUUACGAGAAGCUGCCUCUUGUUUCGAGCUAGUCUCACGCGAGGGAAGAGCUGCCAGCGUACGACCGACGACCUUCCUUAAAUUGUAAGAUCUACUCAGGAUGAGAGUACGACUUUUUGUGCCAACGAAAAAUAUCUCUUCUACUUUUUUCCAUCAUGUCAAAAUGUAUUUUGAUACUGUUCUGAAAAUGAACCAGAAAUAAAAGUAUGCUGUGUUGGUCUUCCGAAAGGAUAAUCUACUGUGUGGAGAUCCUCCACCUGCAGCUGGAUCAUUUAGAAAUGUUUAAAACCGAACAUUCGGAUAAAAAUCAAACCCGCUUUCUUUUUGGGUUCGUUUCCCUUCAUCAACACUGAUGGGUGUUUAAUGGUUGCACCAUUUAGCUCAAUCCUACACUGGAGAUGCUGCGAUGUUCCUCUUAGACACUAAAGCAUUUGGCUCACGCUGUGAGCGUGUGCGGCAUUUUUUAACUUUAUGGUAAAUGUAUUUGUUAUAUUUUGUAUAUACCAACUUCCUUAUUUAUUCCCUUCAAGUGAACCCUUUCUUCUUUGUUCCUGGUACCUUUAUAAGCAAAAUAAACAUCUAACUGAUGUCUGUGAA